GGUUAAUCUCGAAAAGAGACGAGAUUUAAAACAUGGCAGCCUUCGGUGUACACUUUGGAAGCUCGUCAGCUUGUUUGGCUGUUUUUAAGGAUGGGAAGACUGAUGUUGUUGCAAAUGACCUGGGAGACAGAACGACACCGUCUAUGGUGGCCUAUACUGAUUUAGAACAGGCAGUUGGCAUGGCUGCCAAACAGGCCUAUAUCAGGAAUACCCAGAAUACAAUCCCUUGUGUGAAGAAGGUUCUUGGUCGUUCCAUGGAGGAUCCAGAAUUGCAGUCUUACAAAGAUGCUUAUGCAGUUAAGGUAGUGCCUAAUAAAGGUGAGCCCCACUUUCAAGUGGAAUUCAAAGGAAAGACAACUCUUGUCAGUCCAGGAACUGUGGCCGAGGCAGUGUUCAAAACAAUGAUGGGUAUUGCCAAAAGUCACGGGGAUGGAGACAUUCAUGAUUCUGUUUUGACAGUGCCUACAGACUUCACAGAGGAACAGAUAGCCGCCACCAGUGAUGCUGCAGCCUCGGGUGGUUUUAACAUUCUUCGGAUAAUCAAGGAGCCUCUUGCAGCUCUCAUGGCAUACGAUGUCGGACAGUUGGACAACAAAACGGAAAGUUGUACGUUGGUAUUCCGCUUGGGCGGAGAGUCGAGCAGCGUGUCGGUAGUAAAGGAGCACAAUGGUCUGUAUCGCAUCAUGGGCUCCGUCAACAGUACCCAGCUAUCGGGUACAAAGUUUACCAAGGCCCUAACAGACUACUUAGCAACAGAAUUCUUCAGACAGUACAAACUCGAUGUUACAGAGAGUCGACGGUCUCUCAGUAAACUCAACAUGGCAGCAGAGCGGUGUAAACACACACUAUCAACCCUUGAUAAUGCGUCCUGUGCUGUAGACUCCCUGUUCGAGGGUGUAGACUUUCACAACAAUGUAUCCAGGGCGAGGUUAGAGAACCAGGUAGGAUUCCUGAUGCAGCAGUGUACCAGCCUUAUAGAUGCAGCCUGUAGUGAUGCCGGUAUAUCCACUGACCAAGUAGACAAGGUGAUAGUUUGUGGCGGUGGGGCAAAAAUGCCUCUGGUUCAGAAAACCAUUAAAGGCUAUAUCAAAUCUGCUGAAGUUCUAAGCUCCAUUCCCCCAGACGAAAUUAUAGCGAUCGGCGCAGCAAAACAGGCUGGUAUACUAACAGGCUGUGAUGCCACAGAGGUAAAAGAGAACACAGAAAACAAUGAAAUAGAAUGCUUGUCUAAAGCAGUGUGUUUACGGUCAUGUAGCAAUGGGGCGACAAACCUGCAGCCUGUGUUCCCAUCCCUGACACCACUGCCAUCCCGUAAACAUGAGACUGUGAUUUUGGGGGAACAUCAGACCUCCCUCCAGAUGGAUCUGUGUGAGUGUGGUGACCUUCAACAGCCGGACACUGCAGAUGACCUUGCUAAGCUUGUGAUGAGAGACUUACCAGAAGCAGCUAAAGUAUUAGUAACCUUCCAUCUAAGAAGGGAGGGUUCCCUCCAUGUGACCUGUCGGGAGGAGACGUCAAACAAGACAGAGUCUGUCAUGGUGGAAGUGUGCAGCUGAUGACUAGAGGCAGUAGGACUUAGUGACUUGGUACCAGUAUAAAGGUCUUCGCAGGUGUGUCCAGUACAACAGGCCGAUGUGUUGUUUGUGUAUAAAACAGACCAUUGAUGCUGUGUUUAACACAAGUCUGAUGUGUUGUUUGUAUAUACAAAAAAUCUUGGCUGCUAUGAUCAAUACAGACAGGUCUACUGGCAGAUGAGGUGAACUUGAGAUUAUCAAAUAUUGCACUUAUCAUAUAACUUUAUGUGUGAAGUUCACAAAAAAGGCAAUAAUCAAGUCAAUAAACUAUGGGGUAUUUUACAUGAAGAGUUCGUAGUAAAUUGGUGUAAGUGAUUGUGUUGAGGAAAGAAUGAAACUGAUGUUUUAAAUGUAUGAACUCGGCACAAUUUUUUUAUGACAAUAAUGGUUCUGUAACUAAACCAUUGCUCUAUAUAUAUAGUCAAGGAUAGACAUUUUUCAUAUAAGAAACAUUAAAAUUUUCAAUUGCAUACAGAGUUGGAAGCCUCAGAAUAUGACUGGUCUCCUCCUGCGUUUCAUAUCACUUUUUACUUCCUACUUUGUGAACAGAGAGAGAAAACGGAAACAUGUUUAAGGCAUAACAACUGACUGUUUUCUAUUUGUUAUGUAGGCUUUGUCCCUGUUAUGAAAAUUGUGAAAACUAUUAAGCAAAUGCUCUUGACUUUGCAUGGUAUUAUUAUAAUAAUGAUUGAUUGAAUAACCCUUCUAAACUGUCAUCGUUAUACUAAUGACUAGCAUACGGUCUAGGUUACAUACGUUGUUGUAUUAGGGUUUACAUUAUAUAUUUGCACACAAUUAUAUAAUCAUGCAGUAGUAAUGCAUUCACCCCUGAAAACACAUUUGAACUCUUCCAAUUCAAAGGUUGGAUUAAUUCAUAAUGACAUUUUAGAGGUGAAUGAGUUAAUGUGGAAUACUCUGUAGUGAGAAUUACCAUUUUGUCAUUGAACUAUGACCCCCACCAAACACACAAAAUGAUCUGAAUUACUUAUACUUAAUAAGGUUAUAAUAUCAAAGGCUGUUGUAUCUACUGGUCAUGCACAAGUGUUCUCUCAAAUACUGAAGAUUUAAAUGAGGAAAAUUUAAAAACAAAAUGGAAAGUGCUGGCAAGAACUAGGCCUAUACCAGGUAGCCCUGGAAUUCACUUCUUGUAUGCAUGAUAACCAUUAUGCAGUAUUUAAUGAAAACAAAUUACAAAUAAAAUGUUACAAUGU